AUGAAUACGCGAAGUGGACGAGGACGAGGACGACCACCUAUGAGAGGUCGUGGGCAGAGUAUACCUCCUCCUGAGGCUCCCAGAGAUGCUAGUGAGGCAGAACAACAGGGUACUCCAGACGUGCAGGUUGCCCUGGCGAGUCUCGCACGUGCCUUGGAGGCCUUGACUGCUGCUCAGUUGAGGCAGGGACAGCAAGAGCAAGGGCGAGGUGAGGCAUCCCAGUUAGUAGCAUCGGCAGGCGAGGGUAGCUCUGGGGCAGCUCUCCUGAAGACUUUUGUAGCACUACGACCCCCAGAGUUCAGAGGAGUAGAUGUAGCCGAGGCUGAGAAUUGGCUUCUUGAGGUUGAGAGGCUUAUGCGUUCCAUGGGCUGUGCAGAAAAUCAAAAGGUUCAGUUGGGUACUUUCCUUCUGAAAGGAGAUGCAGGGUGCUGGUGGGAAACCACUAGACAUCAGUUUGGGAACCGAGCACCCACAUGGGCAGAGUUUGAGGCAUUAUUUCGUGAGAUGUACAUACCAGACUGGGUGAAGGAGCAAAAGGUGUACCAGUUCAUUGAAUUACAGCAGGGAGAUAUGACAGUUACUCAGUACGAGGCAGAGUUCAUUGCCUUAUCUAGAUACGCACCUGAGAUUGUGACACCGGAGGCCCGCAAGGUUAGUAAGUUUGAGAGGGGCCUGAGAUCAGAGAUUAGACAUGCUAUGGCUGGUGCUCGAGCGGAUGAUUUUCCUACGGUGGUGAGACGUGCUCAUGCGAUAGAAAAGAAUAUUGAAGAAGCUAGAAUGGAGCAGUCAGCUAAGGUAGUUGCCUCAGGGAAGUCAAGUGGAAGUAGUGGUAAAAAGAGGAGAUGGGAGUCCAGUUCUAGUAAUAAAUCAGUUAAGCCUUCAGAGUGCAAGAUAUGUGGGAGAUGGCAUCGAGGACAAUGUAAGAUAUCACAGGGUAAUGUGUGCUACCACUGUGGGCAGCCGGGUCAUAUGAGGAAAGAUUGUCCGUGGAGGUUUGGUGUAACACCUAGCCAGGGAAUCACGUGUUAUCGUUGUGGCCAGCCAGGUCACACAUCCAGAGUAUGCAUGCAACCAGCACCAGUUGAGGGGCAGAGGAUCCAGAGUUCAGGUCAGAGGCCAGCACAGAGAUCUUCAGCUACUAGAGGGCGAGGAGCAGCUUCACGACCUGCCAUUACUGAUAGCCCCCAGGUAUCAGGCAGGGUGUUUGCAUUAUCAGCAGCAGAGGCUGAGGGAGGUAAUGAGACUGUGCAAGGUAUUCUCUCACUCUAUGGCUCUGAUGUUCGUGCUUUAUUUGACACAGGCUCCACCCAUUCCUUCAUUGCACCCCGUGUUCUGCGUGUUGUACCUAUUUCCAGUAGUCAUCUACCGUACAUUUUAUCUAUCACAACACCGGGUGGUAGUAUGUUAUUAGGAAGGGAAAUGGUGCCGGAGUGUGAGAUUAUAGUCCAUGACAGAGUUAUGCCAGGUGAUUUAGUGGUGUUAGCCAUUCAAGACUUUGAUCUUUUAUUAGGCAUGGAUUGGUUGUCCCGCCAUUAUGCCAAGGUUGACUGCCGACGUAAGAUUAUUACCUUUGAGCCUCCAUAUCAACCAGAGAUGAUAUACAGGGGAGUAAAACCAGUUGUUGCGACACCGAUGAUUUCAGUUAUGCAAGCAGAGAAAUUAAUAAGGCAAGGGUGUGAAGCAUAUUUAGCAUUUGUGACCGUUGGUUCUAAGGAGAGAAAAGAGUUAAUCGACCUUCCUAUUGUUCGGGAUUUCUCGGAUGUAUUUCCAGAUGAGUUGCCAAGUGUUCCACCCUAUAGGGAGAUUGAUUUCUCCAUUGAAUUACUUCCAGGCACUCAACCCAUUUCUAAGACUCCUUAUCGCAAGGCUCCCAACGAAUUAAAAGAGUUGAAGGUGCAAUUGCAAGACCUUUUAGAUAAAGGUUUUAUCCGACCUAGUACUUCGUCGUGGGGAGCACUAGUGUUAUUUGUGCGUAAGAAGGAUGGUUCCAUGCGGUUAUGCAUUGACUAUAGGCAGCUUAAUCAAGUAACAGUGAAGAACAAGUAUCCAUUACCUCGUGUGGAUGACUUGUUAGAUCAACUUCAGAGCGCCUCAGUAUUCUCCAAGAUAGAUCUACAUUCUGGAUAUCAUCAGGUCCGAGUGAGGGAUGAAGAUAUAGCCAAAACUGCCUUCCGCUCUAGGUAUGGACAUUAUGAGUUUACAGUUAUGCCAUUUGGGCUAACUAAUGCGCCAGCAGUGUUUAUGGACUUAAUGAACCGGGUGUUCCAGGAUUAUUUGGAUAGCUUUGUCAUUGUUUUCAUUGAUGACAUCUUGGUAUACUCGCCUAGCCCAGCAGAUCAUGAGAUUCAUCUGAGGAUGGUGUUGCAGCGACUCAGAGAGAAACAAUUAUACGCCAAAUUUUCCAAGUGCGAGUUCUGGCAGCCUCAAGUGAUAUUCUUAGGUCACGUAGUAUCUGGGGAAGGUAUAUUAGUAGAUCCAGAGAAGAUUAAGGCAGUAUUAGAUUGGCCAAGACCUACUACAGUGACUGAGGUACGUAGUUUUCUGGGCCUAGCUGGUUACUACAGGCGUUUCAUCGAGGGUUUUGCGCGUUUAGCCUCUCCAAUGACCAAGUUGACGCGCAAGGGAGUUCCUUUCAUUUGGGAUGACGCCUGUGAGCAAUGUUUUUAGGAGCUAAAGCAACGUUUAACCUCAACCCCAGUAUUGGCUAUUCCUAGAAGUGGCGAGUUAUUCGCAGUUUAUAGUGACACUUCAUAUUCAGGUUUGGGUUGUGUACUGAU